CACAUUAUUGACGUCAUUAAAAAUUUAGCGCAUCAAAGAUUCCAUAUCAGAUGAAUUGCUAUCAUUUUAACGGAUAACGAGUGGAAUAAUUAUCAUAGUUGUGGUGGGAUUUCAGUUGCACCAGUUUUUCAAUGCUUUAAAGGAAACUCAUUUUUUCAUUACGUGUUGUGAAUACAGACCGUUUAAUUCUUUUUACAUAAUUUGUUAGUGAAAAUAUUUUUCUAAUUAAAAAAUGCGAAUCGCUGUGCUUGUUACACUUGUUUUGUGUGUGAUUAUCGUUUUAUCAUUGGAAAGUACUGACGGUAAAAAAACCCACGGCAAAAAUAAACACUCUGAUGUAGAACAUCAUUCAACUCGUAAUGGUAAAAAAAAUAAGGUUGAAAAGAAUCAUGUAAAAACUAAAGAGAGAAAACGACGAUCAACUGAAGACAUGGAUGUGGAUGAAAAAAUGAUUGUGGAAGAAACAGUCCAGAAACAUAAAAAAACUCAAAAAAAUAAACAACGAAAAGAAAAUGCUAGGAGUGACGAAAUAUUAAACGAAGUAAAGGAGAAAAAAAAACGAGUUGAGGGUAUCAAAACAAAAGAUAAUCGCAAUCAACAAGAAGACGAAGGUGUAGACACUGUGACUGAUAAUGAAGUUGAUAAUCAGUCCAAUGAUUUAGAAACUUCGGAUGAAACCGAUGCAGAAAAUAGUCAAUCUGUUGAAACUGGCGCUAAGGAAAGUAGUGAUAAAAAAAAGAAUGGAAAGGCAAACAAGAAGAAAAAAGAUAAGAUAAAGAAAAAAAUUAAGAAGGAUAAAAAAUUGAAGAAUUCUGAUUCACUUUCUGAAGACGAGAACGUAAUUGAUGAGCAAAAUGAACAAGAAUGCGACUCACUUUGCCAUUUCAAUGCAGGGAAAAACAAAAAAUCUGAGAAGUGUAAAUCAAAAUAUACGGACGGAAAAUCAACGAAAUCAAAAAUUUCGAAAUGUACAUCGUCAAAUUCCGACGAUACUUCUGUUGACGCUGAAAAUGAAACCGUCGGUAACGAAGAGGAAAAAGAAACAUAAUAAUUUAUUAAGUUAAGUAAAAUAUAUACUGAUAGCCUUGAUUUAUUAUGUGAAACUUAAUACAAUAAUCUAUUUUAAGUAAUUCAUGCGUUUUUAUUGGCAAUGAGGUUAACAAGAUAAUAAAAUUCUGUUUCUAUGCAAUUAAACUUCAUUAUGUUAUACAUUUUUUAAGAUAGUGAUUAAAUUUAUCUAAAGCACGGUCUAUAUUGUAUAGAUAACAAAAGUUUAAAAUAAAAAAAUGUUGUAAUUAUGGUUUUACUUA